AUGCAGGAGCAGCUUGUGACAGAGGAGGAGGCGCUGCCUCCGCUGCCAUCAUCGCUGGCGCGCCGGCGUCGGGAGGGGCCAGCGGCGACGAGGAAAACUGUCAGGGGCGCCAAGCAAGCCAAGGCGCAGCGGCCUGCCAUUGUUGUUGCCAGGCCCGGCGGGGCCGGCAGCGGCGGCGGUGGCGGCGGCGGCGGCGGCGGCGGCGGGGGUGCUGGUGCUGCAGUGUCUGCGGGCCUGAUGGCUCUGGGCCUGCGCGAGAUCGCGGCACCCCUCAUCACCGCCCCGGACGCCCUGUCCGAGGCCGCAACGUCGGCCUUUGUCGAGGUUGAGCGCGCCGCGGAGGCUUUGGGCCUGCCCGCCGCGCGCAUAAACCAGGUGUGCCGCGCGGUGGAGGCGGAGGCACGGCGGGGCGCGGCCGGCUGCCACGCUUUCUUGGGGAUGACCUAUCGGCGGCUGCGGCGCGCCUGCAACACGGGCGACGCGGAGGCGGCUCGCGAGUGGAUGGAUGAGAUCAUGGCACGUGGCGCUGACGCACGGUGA